AUGAUGGCAGACUCCGGACCCAAGGAAGUAGCGGUGAUCGGGAACACCGACCUCACCUCGGCAGAACUAGAUAACAACAUUAAAAACACGGUAUAGCUUCAAACAUAUUCGUAUUGUCAAAAAGCGAGGCAUUUGGAUGUACGAAGCUGUUAUGGAGCCUGUUGAAUGAGUUGGGUUUUCUAGGCCUGAUCAAUCCACGGAGUUUCGCAGUGAGCUCCACUGAGCCAGCAGCAGCUGUAGGUAGCGGCAUGUGCAGGAAAUGACCGCAAAAAGUUCAACAACUCAUUGUAAUGUUCACGUCGACACAAAGUAAAGUUAGCUAGAUCGUUCUUAUUAAAAUGGUUGGCUUGACCAUUUUACCAGGAACUAGCUAGCUUGCUAGCCAACAACUUUUUUAUGCUACAAAGUUGCACAUUUGACAGGAGGGGCCAGCGGUUUAAAGGGACUUUGCUUACGUUACAGUACUAGGACCAGCUUGACCAAUUAUUGAUGCCCAUAAUUGCAAACAUACAUCAAAUUAUACUGCAUUAUGUUAUUGUUACCAUGUUAUGAUGUGCAUUGUCCUCUUCUAGAUGGUUGAGAUUGAAAAAGGGACUAGUCUUCUAAGAAAGAUGGAGAUCAGUGUUGCAGAGGCAGAGAAAAGGACUGGGAAGAAUACAGUCAACAUGCAGGAGAUAUACACCGUUUACCUAAUUGAAACACGGUAAUUAUGCCUCAUCAGCUUUUAAUCAUCUGUGUGAAUGCUCUCAAACAAUUUUUGAUAGCCUACAUACAUCUUCCAGACCAGUACUACCAUUUUGUGACACUGCCAUGAACAGCUACUUCCACAAUCACUCCUACACCUCCUUGUCUGCUCAUAAUUCCACACUCAUUCAUUACAGGUGGUCUGGCCAUGAUGAUGAUUCAAACAUCUGACUCUUUUAGAAAAGUGACUUGGGCACACUCCAUUCAUUGAGAAGAUGUGUUGUUUGUUCAAGAAUUGCACAUCACACCAGCUUUAUUUCUUACUUUUAUCUAGCUAGCUAUACUAUUCACUGGUUUCAUUUCAUGCAAUCACACACAAUAAACGUGCACACACACAAAUCAUGUAAGGACACAAGCUAUACAUACUGUACACGCACACUGGGCCUUUGUUUACCAGUGGGCCAUUGAAAAGGGAGGGUAUUGUAACCAGGCUCUCAGUGCAGUUAGACUGGAGAAUGCCACCCAGCUACUUCUUUCUUUCUCUGCUCUCCUCUCCUUUUCUCCCUAGUCUUUGCUGCUGGAUCCACAUAUACUUCUAAAGUUGAAGUCUCCCCUUCCCCUUUCUCUCUCUCUCUUUCUUCUCUGUCAGGAGUUUCUCUCUCUCCUCUGGUUUUAUAUCAUAGUGUUGGCAUCAAAAAUUCAUAGAAUGUUGGAUAAUACUGUAUUUGGUACCUUGAAAGAUGGCUUAUAUACUGUAACGUAUCAAAUGUUUAGGUGGUACUCUUAUUCAAGUCCAGUUGUAUGACUUAAGUCCUUCCCUCUCUUCUGACAGGCCGGUUGAUGCUGUGACAGAAGGUAUAACCCCAGACUCCUUAUGGCGGAGAUACAGCGAGUUUGAGCUUCUCAGAAACUACCUGUUGGUCACCUAUCCCUUUGUCGUUGUUGCCCCGUUACCUGAGAAGAGGGUACGUGAGAACAAGGAGGAUGCCUUGGAUGAAAUUAGUGCAGUGCUGUGUAGUUUAGGAAGUGAUAUGUGUAGCAUGAUGUACUUACUACAGUACCUGUAAUGCUCUGUACAACAUCCAGUUUUAUGUUGAAGACAUUCCUGAAGCUAACAUAAUGGUGUUCCAUCUCCUUAUCAAUAUAGUAGUAAUUCUUUGUCGGUUUCUCACAGGCAGAGAUUGUGUGGCAUAAGCUGUCGGCGGACAACAUGGACCCAGACUUUGUGGAGAGGAGGAGGGUUGGACUGGAAAACUUCCUGCUCCGAGUCGCCUCCCACCCAGUUCUCUGCAAUGACAAGAUCUUCUACAUCUUCCUCACUGAGGUCAGUUACAGAUGUAGUAUCUUAAUUUGACCAGUAUUGUCGCAGCAAAAUAAUCCUGCAACAGCAGUAUUUGAACAAUUCUUCCAUUCACACUUUUCCGCUGAUGUAAUGUUGCUUGAUCGGUGGUCAUGCUAUUAGCUGGCCAAAAUUAGGCUGCAUGAAAAGUGCAUUACUGUUAAUAUAACUGUGUUAGUGCAGGUUUUCAGUGAAUUUAUGUAAAUCCUGAGGCGCAGGAAAAUUCUCAGCAACUACAGUGAUCAAAUGACGAUCCUACAUUUGUAGCCAAGCUACUAUAGACACACACCUUAACAGAGUGAAACUAGCCUGAUCCCAGAUCUGUUUGUGCUGUUUUGCCUACUCCAUUGUCAUGUGUGACAAUGACCAAAGGAACACCUUUGACCUAUUGAGUUGACAGUGUGCCCCCAUGCAUCAGGCUCUCCUAUCUCUGAUGAUCUUUGUCAAAGUCACAUGGCAUCCUCUCUCUGUCCAGCAGGAAAAAGAUUGGAAGGAAAUGGUGUACGAGACAGGAUUUCAAGCAAAGGUACUCCUUCAGCACUUCAUGGUUGCAUUGUCCUGUCAACCUUUUUGGAUAAUACCUUACCGGGUGACUUUGCAAACCAUAGCUGUGCAAUAAAGUAUAUUGUAAAGGUUGAUAUAUAUAUAUUUAUUAAAAAUAAAUCUGAUACAGCAUGUUUUAGGUCUCAAUGGUACAGUGUUGUCAAAAAUUAUUCAGGUCCUCAAUAGCAACUUCUGAACAAACAAACAUAGGAAUCCAUUUGUUGAUAUCUAAUUUAUCUGUCUGUUUUUUACAGGCUGAUUCCAGGUUGAAAGCUAUGAAUGCAGCAUUCCGGGUGAAGAAUCCAGAUGGGUAGGUCAUAGAAAUGAUCCAUCCCAAAUGACACCCUAAAGGGUCAACUGUAUAUUAGGGCUGUCACAAUACCAGUAUCGCAAAAAUGAAGACACAAAGCAGACCAUACUCUUUGGUCCUUUUAAAAACCUGCUGUAUGUAAAAUAUUGUGUGCUAUAGCUUGGAAAAUAAAUACAUGUGACUCUGGAUGACACCAUAAUGAUGUUUGUGUCCAUUUUACAUUUACAUUUUAGCAGACGCUCUUAUCCAGAGCGACUUACAGGAGCAAUUAGGGUUAAGUGCCUUGCUUAAUGGCACAUCGACAGAUUUUUCACCUAGUCGGCUCCGGGAUUAGAACCAGCGACCUUUCAGUUACUGGCACAAUGCUCUUACCCACUAAGCUACCUGCCGCCCAACAUUAGGGCUGUUUUCCUGAAGUUAAAUCUGCUUUGUGUUUUGUUUCCACAAUACUAAUGAGUAUCGCAAUACUGGUAUCGUCCCGGCCCUAGUGUAUAUAGUGCUUUGAACUCUGGUCAAAAGUUGUACACUUUAUAGGGAGAAUAGGGUGCCAUUUGGGAUGCAUCCAUUGUUUUCUUGUCACAGUUUUAUUUUGUGUGGAGCCAGCAAUGCACUUCCAUCUCCAUGUUGUAACAUGAAUAAUGUGGACUCUGUCUCUACUAUCCAUCCCAUUCCCCUUUAUUUGAUGUACUUACAUACUUGGUUCUGGGACUGUGUGGUAAGUACAGUAGGAUCAGGUCAAUGUCAAUUCCAAUAUUGACUCUUGUCUUGUUUAUCUGCCUUGCUGGGAAGAAAGUCUUGAUUUAAGUAGUGAUUGGGUGAAUUCUUGUUCUUCUCUGGCUCUGGCGUCUGCAGACGGUUUACAGAGUUGAAACACUACAGUGACGAGCUACAGACUGUGCUCUCCCAUCUGCUGAGAGUACGGGCGGUAAGUACAGGCAGCUGUCGGCAUAUUCACACAUCUUACUGACUAGACUGACAACCGGACCUGGGUUCAAAUACUAUUUGAUAUCUUUCAAAUACUUUGAGUGUCUAGCCUGCCUGGAAUGCCAGAUGGGCGAGGUUUGGAGUUUUGGAACUAUUCAAUUGUUCCAUUGAGCCAGGGAAGCUAAAUCGAGCAAAGACAAAGUAUUUUAAAUGAUUUCAAAUAGUAUUUGAACCCUGGUCUGUUUACUAUACUCCCAUUCUGCCAGCUGUAACAUACAUUUUACUGACUAGACUAGACAUACAGCUAGCGCUAACACAGAUGAGCUGGCCUGGAAGUUGACAUACAUUAGAAGGAUAAAACGCACAAGUGGUCUGUCUGAUAAAAGUGGAUUUGCUGCUGUAACACACAACUUAAUGACUAGACUGGGACUAGACCUACAGCCAGCCGGUUGUAACACAUAAGAUGGCCACAAUUAGACUGACUACACCAGCACACUGCACGCUGUAACAUACAACUAAGGCUUGCGUCCUAAAUGCCACCCUAUUCCCUUCAGUGUGGAAAUUCACAUACAUUCCGCAGAUAAAACAUAUAGCUGGUCUAUCUGAUAAAAGUGGAUUUACACUUGAUUUGAGAAAACAGUAACGCAUAGCUGCUUUACCAUAACUGAACAAGGGGGCUAUGAUGCAUUCAACUUAUGGUAGCUAGGUUCAACAACCACAUAUCACAGUCAUAGUACACUACCGUUCAAAAGUUUGGGGUCACUUAGAAAUGUCCUUGUUUUCCAUGAAAACAUACAUGAAAUGAGUUUGAAUAGGAAAUGUAGCAAAAUGCAUAGGAAAUGUAGUCAUUGACAAGGUUAGAAAUAAUGAUUUUUAAUAUAAAUAAUAAUUGUGUCCUUCAAACUUUGCUUUCGUCAAAGAAUCCUCCUUUGCGGCAAUUACAGCCUUGCAGACCUUUGGCAUUCUAGUUGUCAAUUUGUUGAGGUAAUCUGAAGAGAUUUCACCCCAUGCUUCCUGAAGCACCUCCCACAAGUUGGAUUGGCAUUUCUUACGUACCAUACGGUCAAGCUGCUCCCACAACAGCUCAAUAGGGUUGAGAUCCGGUGACCGUGCUGGCCACUCCAUUAUAGACAGAAUACCAGCUGACUGCUUCUUCCCUAAAUAGUUCUUGCAUAGUUUGGAGCUUUACUUUGGGUCAUUGUCCUGUUGUAGGAGGAAAUUGGCUCCAAUCAAGUGCCGUCCACAGGAUAUGGCAUGGCGUUGCAAAAUGGAGUGAUAGCCUUCCUUCUUCAAGAUCCCUUUUACCCUGUACAAAUCUCCCACUUUACCACCACCAAAGCACCCCCAGACCAUCACAUUGCCUCCAGCAUGCUUGACAGAUGGCAUCAAGCACUCCUCCAGCAUCUUUUCAUUUGGUCUGCGUCUCACAAAUGUUCUUCUUUGUGAUCUGAACACCUCAAACUUUGAUUUGUCUGUCCAUAACACUUUUUUCCAAUCUUCCUCUGUCCAGUGUCUGUGUUCUUUUGCCCAUCUUAAUCUUUUAUUUUUAUUGGCCAGUCUGAGAUAUGGCUUUUUCUUUACAACUCUGCCUAGAAGGUCAGCAUCCCGGAGUCGCCUCUUCACUGUUGACAUUGAGACUGGUGUUUUGCGGGUACUAUUUAAUGAAGCUGCCAGUUGAGGACCUGUGAGGCGUCUGUUUCUCAAACUAGACACUCUAAAGUAUUUGACCUCUUGCUCAGUUGUGCACCGGGUCCUCACACUCCUCUUUCUAUUCUGGUUAGAGCCAGUUUGCGCUGUUCUGUGAAGGGAGUAGUACACAGCGUUGUACGAGAUCUUACAUUUUUUGGCAAUUUCUCGCAUGGAAUAGCCUUCAUUUCUCAGAACAAGAAUAGACUGACGAGUUGCAGAAGAAAGUUAUUUGUUUCUGGCCAUUUUGAUCCUGUAAUCGAACCCGCAAUUGCUGAUGCUCCAGAUACUGAACUAGUAUCAAGAAGGCCAGUUUUAUUGCUUCUUUAAUCAGCACAUAACAGUUUUCAGCUGUGCUAACAUAAUUGCAAAAGGGUUUUCUAAUGAUCAAUUAGCCUUUUAAAAUGAUAAACUUGGAUUAGCAAACACAACGUGCCAUUGGAACACAGGACUGAUGGUUGCUGAUAAUGGGCCUCUGUACACCUAUGUAGAUAUUCCAUAAAAAAUCAGCCGUUUCCAGCUACAAUAGCCAUUUACAACAUUAACAAUGUCUACACUGUAUUUCUGAUCAAUUUGAUGUUAUUUUAAUGGACAAAGAAAUUGCUUUUCUUUUGAAAACGAGGACAUUUCUAAGUGACCCAAACUUUUGAACGGUAGUGUAAGUAGAACAUUCCUCAAUAAAGCAGCUGUCUGCAACACUGUACCUCACUAUUGUCUCUGUGUUUCAUAACACCAUAUGUAACAUAACAUGGAAGCAGCGGUAUCAAAAAACUAUGCAAAAUUUGACCUAGAACUUGACCUUCUUCAUCCACUCAGAGGGUAGCAGAUCGACUGUAUGGGGUGUACAAAGUGCAUGGAAACUAUGGACGAGUCUUCAGGUAAGAGUAGUGUGUUUGGACAAAAGUGUGACGUGUGUAUAAAGCUGUUGCAUUAUUUUUUACAUUUACGUCAUUUAGCUGACGCUCUUAUCCAGAGCGACUUAGUUAGUGCAUACAUUAUUAUUUUCAUACUGGCCCCCCGUGGGAAACGAACCCACAACCCUGGCGUUGCAAACGCCAUGCUCUAUCAACUGAGCUACCUCCCUGCCUGCGCCGCCCCAUUGGUCUCCCGGUUGCGGCCGGCUACAGCAGAGCCUGGAUUAUGUACUAUGUAAUGACUAAAUAAGUGUGUUUUUUUUGUGAAAUAUGUUCUCUGUGCUUGUGUUGGACAGUGAGUGGAGUGCCAUAGAGAAAGAGAUGGGAGAUGGACUACAAAGUGCUGGCCAUCACAUGGAUGCGUAAGUGUUUGUUUUCAAAAACCACGUUUCCAUCCACAGUCAUAUCGGCAAAAAAAAACAAAACAUGACAGCUGUGAUGGAAACAGGAAGUUUCAGUGUAAUUUUAUAAAUGCCUACAGAUCAUUUGUUCGUUCGACAUGGUGAGUUCUUUUUGUAUCCAGAAAAUUAAAUAUGCGGAAAAUGUCAGUGGAAAUGCCUUUAUGUGCAAAUAUUGAUAUAAUAACCAUCAUAUCGAAGUAAAUCUGGAGUCACGCGUUGUGUGGUCCUCCCAUAAAAUUUACGGUAGAGUUGAAAAUGCGAUGGAAACCCGUUGAACUUUAGAUUUUUAUUCAGUACAUGAAAAUGUAAGUGAAAAAGUACAUUUUGUGUGCACUACGUCAUCACACACUGAUUUUUAUCCGGAACAAGUCCAUUUGGUGGACGCAUUCCACUGGUGGGAAAAUGCACAUAUAUCUUUAAAUGCACAUAUCUAUGUCUUUAUUAGUGAGUUGUAACCACACAAUAAUCUCCCAUAUUAAUCCAUAACAAUUUUAUUGGAUUACAACAGGAUUGUAUGUAAAAUAAUAAAUAAAAUUAAAGGCACUAUAUAGUGACUAGGGUGGCAUUUCAGACGCAUCCAACCUCUCUUGUUACCUUCUGAGACCUCAUACAGGCUCACUAAAGGAGCUGAUAUGCACAACCCCACUUCCCCCCAGCAACGCUGUACAUAUUACAUAGUUCCUAGUUAAGCUAUACAACACAUUUGCCGUGUUUGAUUUGAAAGCAGUUCAAAUUUGAAGCACAGAGUCUGCUGUAGCAGGUAGCUGACCAUGAGGACUGGGGAGAUUUGUGUUGUGAAGGUUCUGGGUUCAAACUGAGAACUGUCUGGCACAUAGCCAGAGACUUUUACUUUCAACUUGGGUGCUGUGUAUAGUUCUCUUGAGUGGUCUCAACCCUGACCUUGGAGUAGCAACAUACACACACCAUGGAGUGAUAACAUGAUUAGCCCCUACCCCUUUACUGAUGGUUACCAGAUUGCAGGGCUCAAUUCUAGAGGUCAGGGGUCACAGAGCUUGGACAGCUGAGGUUUAUCAAGGAAAGACAGCAUUUUUUUCUGUCAACGGUUGAGUCCCAAAUGGCUCCCUAUUUAUUGAGAGAGAGAGAGGUUUCGCUAUCCCUUGACAGAUGGAAUGAAGCAAAUGUAUCCUUAACGCAGAAAGGUUCUUAAUAAAUAAUUUUUGUUAAAGUAUUUGGUCAAAAUCUGAUUAUAGUUCAACUUUAAGUCACUGACUGGAAUAGAUAUAUUUUGGGUGUCUCCUUGCCUCAUGGUAUUUAUGGUUUCCUGUCCAUCUGUAGAGGGUGUGAUGGAUUAAAGGAAGUGUAUUCAUACUCCCGUCUCUUGUCUGCAGGUAUGAUACCUCUGUGCUUUAGUCUUACUUCAGUGAGCAUAUGUAGUUUCCCCAUCCCUCUGUUAAAUAUGUGUUUGUUGUAAAGCAAGUGUAUUCAUAUGGACUCCCCUCUUGUCUACAGGUAUGCUGCCUCUGUAGAUGAUAUUCUGGAGGAGGAGGAGCACUAUGCUGAUCAGCUGAAGGAGUACCUGUUCUAUACUGAUGCACUUAGGUAUUUACUACAGUAUGCCCACUGUACACUGGGACUGCUGCUGUAGGCCAAGUACAUAUCACUAUAUAAACCGGGGGUGUCAAACAUAUGGCCCGUGAUCGGUCCAAUCUGGCCCGCGGGUGGUUUGAGUUAAAACAUUUAAAAUCUAUAUUGUUUUGGGGGUGGGGGACAAACUCAAGAUACUUUAUAAUGAUUAAAAUCAAAAUGUGUAGAAAUGAUAAUGGACCUACAUUCAUGCAGUUUCUUGACUGUCCAUCUUGCUAAUAAGCACCGUCAUGAAAGCUAGACAGUCGGGGAGCGUCAAAUUCAAAAAAUGACGGACAGAGGACUAUUUUUUUGCUAAUUUUGACGGCGAGGCAGUACAUCCAAUUUUUAUGCGGCCCUCCAGACCUCGUUGAAGAUGGAAUGCGGCCCCCGUGGCAAAAUCGGUUUGACACCCCUGAAGAUCAUCAUGCCAAAUCACUAGUCAGUGUGCCCUGGGUUGUAUGUGUUAUGUAGGUAGCUUCACAUCCUCACGUUACCUUGCCGAAGACGUGUGUGGACCUCUGUUGACUUUUGCCAAUGGCAGACUAAAUUCCAAUGGCAGUCAUACUGUACUCAUUGAGCCCCCUCAUUGAAUCUAUAGAACAGCCCUCUGACCCUGUUUGUAUGGUGCAUAAUGAUCAUACAUAGUACAGUAGCAACCAUAAUAAGCAGCUAGGCAUCAGUACAUCCAGUAGCAACCAUGAUGAUCAGCAAAGGCCUCUGUUUCUGCAGGGCAGUAUGCAGGAAGCAUGAGUUGACACAAUUUGAGCUGGAGAUGGUGGCACUGGACCUAGCCUCUAAGAAACAGCAGAAGGAGGAGCUGGUCACUGGG